CGUGGCUCUAUCCCAAUUCCACCUGGACCUGCUCCGACCGAGGGUCACCAAGCCCCAUGAUGGCUCUCCCCAUGCCAAUAAAGGCCGUACUUUCAGCUGGGACCAAGUACCUAUACUAUACCCCACACUUUGAUCUGAUCUGCACCCUUACGAGACAGGACUAACAAAACCAAACCAGAUCACCCCCACCCAGCACCUUAUCUACCACCCCUGCUUCGACGGCCACGAAUGCGCCCGCCUCGCACUCCCCAUGGACUGGAACCGCACCGAUGGCCAAGGAGCACAGGUCGCACUGGCCGUGAUCAAGCGCCCCGCCAAGGUCCCCGUCACCGAUCCGCGAUACGGCGGACCGAUCCUCCUGAACCCCGGGGGGCCCGGCGGUUCCGGGGUGAGUAUGGUCCUCAAGCGCGGGCGGCACAUCCAGACCGUGGUGGACGCGUCGGCGCAGGCGGCCGCACCGGGUGUGCAACCACCACAAGACGACGGGAAGUUUUUCGACGUGGUCAGCUUCGAUCCUCGCGGGGUCAAUAAUACCACCCCGCCGUUCUCGUGUUUCCGCGACUCGGCUGCGCGGCGCGCGUGGAAGAUGCAGGUCGAGGCGGAGGGGGUUCUGGGGAGUUCGGAGGGGGUGUUUGAUGCGCGGUGGGCGCGGCAUGGGGCCAUGGGGCUUACUUGUACGCAGUCGCUGAGUGGUGCUCUGGCAGGAGAGGAGGGGGAUGAGGAAGAGGAAAGCGGCGAAUGGAUAGGACGGUUCAUGAACACUCCGACUGUGGUUGCGGAUAUGGUCGAGCUCAUUGAGCGGCAUGGCGAGUGGCGGGAGCGUGAGACGGCGAGAAUACUUGGCGAGAGAGGCUCGCUGGAGGGGCCCGUCAGCAGCGAGGCAGAGACAAAGGCGAUCCUCCGGCGCAAUCGCUGGGUGCCAGGUCAGGAGAAGCUGCAGUACUGGGGGUUCUCGUACGGGACGGUCCUGGGAUCGACGUUCGCCGCGAUGCAGCCUCAUCGCAUCCACCGGGCGGUGAUCGAUGGCGUGUGCGACGUCAACGACUACUACGCCGGCGGCUGGCUCACGAACCUGCAGGACGCGGACGCGGCGUGGCUGUCAUUCUUCGAGCUCUGCAACUCCGUCGGUCCGGAGGUGUGCUCGUUCGCCUCCGGGCAGGGGGGCCUGCAGGCGACGAUCGAUCGCUACGAGAACCUCCUGACGACCCUCAAAGCGAACCCGGUCGCGGUCCCGGCGUCGGGGGCCCGCGGCCCGGACAUUAUCACCUACAGCGAUGUGAAGAUGUUGGCCAUGCAGGCGGUCUACACGCCGAUGGAGUCCUUCGAGCGGGUGGCGCGGUUCCUGACGGACCUCACUCACGGGAAUGGCUCCGCGUUUGCGGAGUACAAGCAGCGGGAGCGCCAGGACUGGCGUCGGACGCCCCCGUGCGAUCCCAGUGGUUCCAAGCCGUGUAUGGUUCCCGGUGAGAAUACCGACGAGGCGCAGAUGGGCAUCCUAUGCUCCGAUGGGCAGGAUAUCCGCGGGAUCGACAAGGGGAAGUUUAGGGACUACUGGCAUACGCUGCGUAACCAGAGUGAGACCGUGGGCGACAUCUGGGCUGAGAUCCGCUUCGGCUGCAUCGAGUGGAAGGCAAGGCCUGCAUGGCAAUUUGAGGGCCCAAUCGCCGGGAAUACAUCUCAUCCGCUGUUGUUUGCGGGGAACACCUACGACCCAGUCACGCCUCUCCGAAAUGCAUUCGCGAUGUCGAAGCAGUUUCCUGGGUCGGCUGUACUACAGCAGAACUCAGUGGGACAUUGUACCUUGAGCGGCCCGUCGUUGUGCUCGGCCAAGGUGAUCCGAGAAUACUUCCAGACAGGCGAGCUCCCCAGUCAUGGUAAGGUCUGUGAAGUGGAAGAAAAGCCUUUCCAUGUUCCAGGUGUGCAGCAAAGCAGCGGUUUGUCGGUCGCCGAUCUGUCCUUGCUCUCUGCUUUGCGCUCGCUGGCGCAGGAGGACAGGUCUUUCACGAGGGCUCCACCACUGAGCUUUUUCUGAGUUUGGUGUUGGAACACGCUGGGAUGGUUGCUCAAAUUCGGGUGAUCGAGAUCUGCACUUAGUUGAUAAGCGCCCUAUGGUCAAAACCACUUUGACCCUGUACAUCCGCUCGUAAAUAAUGCCACUGUCGAUGAAACUGGCUCUGCCUGGGAAGCACAAUCCCCGACGCUUAGUGACAGCCUCAUAAGCAUAGUAGGUCUGUCUCGACUUUCAAGACAAACUAACGCCGUUGGUUGAUCUUGGUCGGGAAUUCCUGCGUCUAGACACGAAUUCUUAGUGAUAUUGGGCGCUGCGUGUAAGCAUGUAUAGACGAGUCCGUGAUUAAGUCAAUGGCGAUAUUUUCC